UAUGAUUUAAAUCGUGGUCUCUACACUACUAUAAUAAUGUGUAAUACCGCCUCACACAUGUCAAAUUAAAUUUUUUAUAUUUUGACACGAGCACACGUCGUAAGUCGUAACACUGAAUUGCGAGUUUGGGACGUUGGAUUAUGAUUUGACAGCAUAUAAUAAUUUUAAUAUCUACGGAUUUGGCUACAGAGGUAAAUCAAAAUUCAAAAAUCAUUCGAUCCGGUGGAACAUUUGAAAUAGAAAUUCUUAAGCCGGUAACGAACAUGGUUAAGGAACAAUACAGGGACACGGAUGGGUCGCGUAUUAUAUCGAAGAUCAGCUUUACCGUCGACAAUCCUCAAGAUAUCCAGAGGAAGUCGCAUUUGUGCAUAAAUACAAGAAAUCUAUAUGCCAUAAACAAUAACAAUGCGUCACGUACACCGCAUCCGUAUGGAGUGCUCGAUCACAAAUUGGGAGUUAACCAAAAGGACGCGACAUGUAUGACUUGUAACAAGGGAUUGAACGACUGUCCAGGACAUUUGGGCUUCAUAGACCUGCAAUUACCAGUUUUCCAUGUUGGAUUUUUCAGUUCAGUUAUAACAAUAUUACAGACAAUUUGUAAAAAUCCUUUUUGUGCUAAAGUGUUAUUAAACGAAGAAGAUCGUAUGUUUUUUUAUACAAAGUUGAGAAACAAGAAUUUAACAUAUACAAUGCGCAAAAAAGUUUUUAAAGAAGUCCACGCCAAGGCAAAAAAGGUGCAGAUAUGUCCGUUUUGUAGUGACAUUGUGGGACAAGUGAAAAAAAAUGGUAUAUUAAAAAUAUCAUACGACCGUUAUAGAUAUAAAAAACCUGGCACGGAAGCUGAAAGUAAAUUAUGUGCUUUGAAUGGUGUGGUAAAAUAUAACAAAGAAGUUGAAUCCAUGAGAAAUUAUCUAUUUAAUGAGAACCUUAAUCCUCAAGAAGUAUUGCGUCUAUUGUUAUCCAUACCUUAUGAAGACAUUAUAUUGUUGGGUAUGAAUCCUGAGGUAUCAAAUCCUGGAUGGUUGUUAAUGACAAGAAUGUUAGUACCUCCAAAUUGUAUUCGUCCAUCAGCUGUUUCUGAUAUACGAUCCGGAACAAAUGAAGAUGACUUAACAUUGAAAUUAUCAGAAGUCUUAUUUAUAAAUGAUGUGAUUGUAAAACAUAAACAGUCUGGUGCAAAACCCCAGUUAUUGCACGAGGACUGGGAAUACUUGCAGUUACAUUGUGCCUUAUAUAUUAAUAGUGAUUUAUCUGGUGUUUCGCGUACAAUGAUGCCAAAAAAAAUUGCUAGAGGUUGUGUUCAGCGUUUGAAAGGAAAACAUGGACGGUUUCGUGGUAAUUUAUCUGGUAAAAGAGUAGACUUUACAGCCCGUUCUGUCAUUUCACCAGAUCCAAAUCUUCGAAUAGAAGAAGUUGGUGUUCCAGUUCGAAUGGCCAAAAUUUUAACAUAUCCUCAAAAAGUAUGUCCAGCUAACAUUGAAUUAAUGCGUAAGCUGGUGAUGAACGGUCCUGAAAUUCAUCCUGGUGCUAAUUUUGUUGAACUUCAAGGUUCUAAGUUGAAAAAAUACUUGAGAUUUGGAAAUAGACCGGCUAUAGCAAAAGAUUUAAAAAUUGGAGAUAUUGUUGAAAGACAUUUAUCUGAUGGCGAUAUUGUAUUAUUCAACCGACAGCCUAGUCUUCAUAGAUUAAGUAUUAUGUGUCACCGUGCAAAGGUUUUAGAACAUAAUACAUUAAGAUUUAACGAAUGUGUAUGUACUCCUUAUAAUGCUGAUUUUGAUGGUGAUGAAAUGAAUUUACAUUUGCCACAAACUGAAGAAGCUAGAGCUGAAGCUGCUUUGUUAAUGAUUAACAAAUCAAAUCUUGUCACACCAAGAAAUGGAGACAUUCUCAUUGCUGCUACCCAAGAUUUUAUUACCGGAGCAUAUUUAUUAACACAUAAGAAUACAUUUCUUAACCAGAGAGAUUCUAGUAGAUUAAUUGGUUGGUUAAUGUCUGGGGAUGAUAUUAAUAUUGAUUUAACACUUCCGCGUCCUGCUAUUCUAAAGCCUCACAAACUUUGGACUGGAAAGCAAAUAUUAAGUAUAAUCAUGAGACCAAGUAAAAAAUGUCAGGUGAAAGCUAAUUUGCGAUGUAAAGGAAAAUCAUAUACUCGUGAUGAAGAAUUUUGCUUUAAAGAUUCAUAUGUUUACAUAAGGAAUUCUGAGUUAUUGGCAGGUACUAUGGAUAAGGCAACAUUGGGUUCAGGUAGUAAAUCAAACAUAUUUUAUGUGUUGUUGGCCGAUUGGGGUUCUGAUGUCUGCUGCAAAGUCAUGUGGCGUUUAACACGUCUUACAUCAUACUUUUUAAUGUUACGAGGAUUUUCAAUUGGCAUUGGUGAUGUUACACCUAGUGAUGAUUUGCUGCAAUCUAAAAAUGAAUUGGUUAUAAAUGGAAAUGCGCUAUGUGAAGAAAAUAUUCGUUUGAGAAAUUCAAAAGAAUUGAAAUGUCAACCCGGUUGUAAUAUGGAUGAAACUUUAGAGGCAAAUAUUUUAAAGCAACUGUCUGGCAUUCGAGAUUCUGUUGGUAAAGCUUGUUUAUCAGAGCUUCAUUUUACCAAUGGUCCAUUGGUCAUGGCACUCUCAGGUUCUAAAGGAUCCAAUAUUAAUAUAUCUCAGAUGAUUGCAUGUGUGGGCCAACAAGCCUUGAGUGGACAUCGUGUUCCAGAUGGAUUUGAGUCUAGAUCAUUACCACAUUUUAAACGAUUUUCAAAAACUCCAGAAGCCAAAGGCUUUGUCGAGAACAGUUUUUAUUCAGGUCUAACCCCAACAGAAUUUUUCUUUCACACAAUGGGUGGUCGUGAAGGUCUUGUGGAUACUGCUGUAAAAACAGCUGAAACCGGAUACAUGCAACGUCGGCUUGUCAAGUCUUUGGAAGAUCUGUGUGUCCAUUAUGACAACACUGUACGCAAUGCUUUUGGAGAUGUCAUACAAUUUGAAUUUGGAGGUGACAGCUUAGAUCCUACUUACACAGAAGGUGAUGGUGUCCCAGUUGAUUUCAAACGUGUAUAUUUCAAUGUAACUGCUAAUUACCCAUGCACUGAUGAAUGCACAUUAGACUCUGAAGAAAUAUUGAAAAUUACUGAAGAUGUGUUAUUAUCUGAGAAUUUCCAAAAUGUAAAUACUAUCUUCACAGAAGAAUUGAGAAAUUUUGGAAAAAAUUUAUCAAAUAACAUGGCAGAAUUAAGAAAAAAGUGGUUGAAUUUAGAAGUUUCAAAAAUACAACGAAUUACUUAUACACAGCUUAUAAAAUUUUAUGUGACUUGCCUUACCAAGUAUAUGGCUGCUGUUAUUGAACCAGGAACUCCUGUUGGUGCUAUAGCAGCUCAAAGUAUCGGCGAACCUGGUACACAAAUGACAUUAAAAACCUUUCACUUUGCUGGUGUUGCUUCAAUGAAUAUUACUCAAGGGGUUCCAAGAAUCAAAGAAAUAAUUAACUCAAGUAAAAAUAUAAGUACUCCCAUUAUCACAGCAUACUUAGAAAAUGACAAAGACAAAGAAUUUGCAAGGAUUGUCAAAGCUCGUAUUGAACAAACAACACUUACUGAAGUUUGUAGUUUUAUCGAUGUAGUACUUGAUAGCGCUGAAUGCUAUCUAUUGAUACACAUAGAUAUGAACCGUAUUAAAUUAUUACAAUUAGAAGUAACAAUCGAGACAAUAAGAGAUAGUAUACUUUCUACUCCACGAAUUGGAAUUAAAGCAAAUCAAGUGAACAUUGAUAAUGAAUCAUGUGUUAGUAUAUCUUUGCCAUCAAAAGGCACCCAAUCAUUAAACAAUUGGAUAAAUAUAUAUUCACAAAACUUACAAAAAGUGGUUAUUAAGGGUAUAAGUGCAGUAUCACGCGCUGUAAUUCACGAAGAAGAUGAUAAUGGUGAAAUUCGUUACAAAUUACUUGUAGAAGGUGAUAAUUUACGAGAGGUAAUGGCAACGCCCGGAGUAAUAGGAAAAAGAUGUACCAGCAAUAAUACAUUUCAAGUGUGGAAUGCACUCGGCAUAGAAGCAUCUAGGGCAACAAUAAUAUCAGAAAUUGAUAGUGUGAUGGGCAAUCACGGAAUAUCUAUCGAUCCUAGACAUCCUAUGCUGAUUGCUGAUUUGAUGACAAGUCGUGGUGAAUUAUUGGGUAUAACACGGUUUGGUUUAUCAAAAAUGAAAGAGUCUGUGCUGAAUCUUGCUUCGUUCGAAAAAACUUCUGAUCAUUUAUUUGAUGCCGCAUAUUAUGGACAGACGGAUACAAUAAAUGGCGUGUCUGAGAGUAUUAUUAUGGGUAUACCGAUCAACUUGGGUACAGGAUUCUUCAAACUGAUUUAUAAGACCAAAAACAAAACUAUAGAUUUUCCAAGGCAAACAUUUGUAUUUGAUGACGCAGAUCUUCACGAAAAAGGGUGUUAUUGGCAAUGAUUCAAUAAACACAUAAUAUACUAAUCAUUGACUUUAAAUUAUUUGUUAAAUUGUUGUGUUCAAUCUGUGAUAUUAAUUAAUUUUUAAUGUAUUUUUGUGUAGUAUGUACCUAAAAAUGUAUUUUUAUUCUUGUAAUAAAUGAAUAGUGAAUAACAUAAUAAUUUUAUGAGAAAUUAAUUUAUAGAUACUUAUUUUAUAUGAGAAUAUGAUAUAUCACAAAAAUUACAAUUCACAAUAAUUUAUUAUUGCCAUUUAGUCUAAGGUUCUUUUUUUAAAAAAAAAAAACAGACAAUUCCAUUUAAAAAUGUACUGUACAUCCUAAAAUAUUAAUUUAUUUACAUUCAGUCAACUAUUAAUAAAGUGUAAAAAUUUGAUUUAUAUUAGUAUUUAUUAACUGUACGUUUGUUUUUAUUUACACAGUUUAGUAUAGAUUUAACAUAAAUUAAUUAUGAACUUUAUACUUAAUAAUCAUAAUUUUUGUAAACAAUUGUAUAUUUUUCUAAUUAGUUAUGUUUAUAUUGUAUAUCAUACUGUUAUACCAACAAUUAUUUGAUUGAAAUAACUUAUACUGGUAAACAUGGUAUUAGUAAUAAGUAAUUGACCAUCAUCGACUGUUAAUGUUAAAAACCAUUUAUAUUUUCAAAACAAUUAAAAUUAUAUUUUCCAAUAAUGUUUAAUAAUAAUAAUACAUUUUUAGUUGUCCGUGUGGUCACUGCAAUAUUGUAUGAAUCUUCAAAUUAACCAAUAACAGUUCUUAUAUUUUCCAUUUAUUGGAGAUUUUUAAAAGUUGGUGACAACAGGUAGCGUAAUAAAUAUUUCUAAUUUAAUGUCAAUCUUACCAUUACAUUUUAAAUAUCUAAACUAAACAAGAACACAUUUAUUUUAUUAAAAACCUAUUUUUAGAUGAUCAGCGUCGCAGGCACGCAUUUAGAUGGGUGGAGCAAAUGUACCCUGUUACUCAAAGGCAAACAUUUUUAAUCCAUUUAGGGGGCGGAAAAUGUAUAUUGACAUUAUAUAUUGUGUAUUCUAUCAAAAAUAAAAUAAAUUUAUAUUA